AUGACAACCCUCAUGACCCUGCUAUGUCUGGGGCUGAGUGUUGGCACCAGGACACCGGUGCAGGCAGGGAGUCUCCCCAAACCCACCCUCCAGGCUGAGCCAGGCUCUGUCAUCCCCUGGGGAAGCCCUGUGACAUUCUGGUGUUGGGGUAAUACGAGGGCCCAGAAGUUCCAUCUGGAUAAAACAGGAAGCUCAUCACCCUGGGAUAUGCAAUUAUCACUGAAUCCAGGGAACAAGGCCAACGUCUUUGUUCCCUACAUCACAGAAGUACAUGCAGGGACUUACCAAUGUUACUAUCUCAGCCCUGAUGGCUAUUCAAACCGCAGUGAGCCCCUGGAGCUGGUGGUCACAGGCCUUGACAGCAAACCAUCCCUCUCAGCCUUUCUGAGCCCUGUUGUGUCCUCAGGCGAGAACAUGACCCUCCAGUGUGAUUCACGGCUGGAAUUUGACACAUUCGUCCUGACUCAGGAGGGAGUCCCUGAGACCCGCUGGAAACUUGGCUCACAACGACUCUCCAGUGGGGGGCGCCAGGCCUUAUUCCAAGUAGGCCCCGUGACCCCUGACCGCAGGUGCUCUUUCCAGUGUUAUGGCUUUUUCUCACACACACCCCAGGUGUGGUCUCACCCCAGCGACCCGCUGCAGCUCCUGGUCUCAGGUGCAUCUAGAAAACCCUCCCUGCUGAGCCCAGAGGGCCAGAUUGUGACCCCAGGAAAGACCCUGAUGCUGCAGUGUCGCUGUAAGAGCGCCUAUCACAUCUUUGCUCUGUACAAGGAGGAGAGUCAGGCUGUUGAACAGCACUCUGACCACCAUUCCCAGGCUGGAUUCUCUCAAGCCAACUUCACCCUGGGCCCUGUCAGCGACUCCGAUGGGGGCCAAUAUCGCUGCAUUGGGAGACACAAUUUCACCUCCUGGUCAGAGCCCAGUGACCCCGUGGACAUCCUAGUGGCAGGACAGCUCUCCUACACUCCGGCCCUCUCAGUUCAGCCGGACCCCUCGGUAUCCCCAGGAGACAAUGUGACCCUGCUGUGUCAGUCCAGUGGCUGGAUGGACACUUUCCUGCUGGCUAAGGAUGGGGCGGCUGAACCCCCACUGCGCAUCAAAGUGGAUGAGACAGAGGCGACAACACAGGCCCAGUUCUUCUUCCACCCUGUGACCUCAGCCCACAAUGGCACCUACAGGUGCUACAGCUCCCAAAGCUACUACAGCCCCUACAGGCUGUCGCACCCCAGUGACCCCUUGCAGCUCCGGAUUUCAGGACCCUCUGGCAAUAGCAGGACAAUGUCCACAACUGUUAUGGAAGCCGCACACCCAGCACCCCAAGACACAGGCCUGAACUCCCGCUCCCACCCCAGUGCUCACAUCCAGAAAGACAGCUCAGAUGACAGCUACGGAGAGGAUAGAUGGCUAAGGGUACAGGGAUCCUGGGACCUGGGGCAGGACGCCGUCACCCACACACAAUCUGAGGAAGGGGUGCAGCUGAACCCCCAGAGCAUGCAGGAUGAAGACCCCCAUGGAGCAACCUAUGCCCAGGUGAAGCACACAGGACUCAGGCAGGGAGUGGCCUCCUGUUCCCCACUUUCUGGAGCUCAGCUGAAUGCACAGGACCGACAGACAGAAGAGGACACACAGGAAGGCGGGCAGGCAUCAGAACCUGAUGCCCUCCUGGAAGUGACCUAUGCGCAGCUGAACCACCUGGAUACUGCACAGGAGAACACAGCGUCCCGUUCCUCCCUGUCAGGGGAGCCCCCAGAGGAGCCCAGUGUGUACACUGCUCUGGCUUUCCACUAG